AUGUUGGCAUCACGAAAGAGCCCUUCCACCUAUUCACCAGUGCCGUUACCCUCACCCCAACUACAACGGUGGAUGAGUGCCCCCGAGCUCGAUAUUAUCUUGCUAGGGGGUCCGAAUCCCGAAGGAUUCAAGCUGCACCCGAAAUAUGUUGAUCUCAUCCGUCAACAUAUCAAUGCCGGAAAGUUGCUUUUCACGACUUGCACUGGCUCAGCUGUACUUGCAUCUACAGGACUUCUCGAUGGAAAGAACGCAACUAUCAACCAUGCUGGGUACAAAUGGGCGAAAGAGAAUUAUCCUGCCGUCAACUGGACUAAGGAAAAGAAAUGGGUUGUUGACGGGAAUAUCUGGACUGGAGCUGGUGCUGUCGCAGGAAUGGACAUGGUUGCCUGUUGGCUCAAGGAGAAAUUCGGUCAAGAGAUUCUUACAUAUGCUGCCCGGAAUCUGGACUACGAGCCUCGAGCCAUUGAUGGUGUCUCACUUGUGAUUCCUCGGAGAUAUGACGAGAACGGGAAGCAGAUCAGCACCCAUGAAUUUUUCUAUUAUUAG